AUGGUUCAGCUUAAAAUCUCACUAUCUAUCUAUCUAUCUAUCUAUCUAUCUAUCAAUCUAUCUAUCUAUUUCACUCUCUCCCUUCUGUUCAUUCUAUCUAUCUAUCUAUCUAUCUAUCUAUCUAUCUAUCUAUCUAUCUAUCUAUGUGUCAGAUUUGGACAUUUUUUUCAUUUUAUCUAUCUAUCUAUCUAUCUAUCUAUCUAUCUAUCCAUCUAUCUAUCUCAGUCUGUUCCUAUCUAUCUAUCUAUCUAUCUAUCUAUCUAUUUCAGUCUGUUCCUAUUUAUCUAUCUAUCUUUCUAUCUCAGUCUGUUCCUAUCUAUCUAUCUAAGUCUGUUCCUAUCUAUCUAUCUAUCUAUCUCAGUCUGUUCCGAUCUAUCUAUCUAUCUAUCUAUCUCAGUCUGUUCUUAUCUAUUCAUCUAUCUAUCUCAGUCUGUUCUUAUCUAUCUAUCUAUCUAUCUAUCUAUCUAUCUAUCUAUCUAUCUAUCUAUCUAUCUAUCUCAUUCUUUCCUAUCUAUCUAUCUAUCUAUCUAUCUAUCUAUUCUAUCUAUCUAUCUAUCUGUCUGUCUGUCUGUCUGUCGGAGCGUGAUCUAUUAG